GGCUAAAUGCGCUGCACGACCCCCCCCUCUCUCUCUCUCUUUUUAUGUAGCCUAUACAUCUGACGCUGCCGUCCUUUUUGUCCAUCCAUGUAGUGUGGGCGGUGCAGUAGUGUCCUGAUGGGACAUUUUGAGUCAGACACAGCUCAGUAAGCUUGACUAAACACCCUGGCCGGGGUGCUGAUGUGUUGUGUGCAGGUUGGCGUCGCCCUCACAGACAGAUGGAUGCAGAAGAUCCGGGGCUGAGAUGAGAUAAGCGUCCUCUCCGUCUCCGUCUCCGCCGAGCUGCUCCUGCAUAACACCGAGCAAACAGGAAAGACGUAUAGCCCCCAAAACACCGGAAACAGGGAUUCAACAUUUCAUUUCUCCAGUUAGUUGUGUCUUCUCUCCGCAUAUCCUCGCCAGCCCCAUGACGGUCCCGACGCUGUUCUCCGGAGGUGAUGCGAGCUGAAGCCGCGGGACGCCGCAGAGGAGCUGUCCGUGUGUCGAGGUGCUGAUGCGGCUGUGACAGAAGCGAGCAUGGCUGCCGGGAAGUUGCUGCUCUACGCCGGGCUCUGUCUUUCUCUCUGCGCCCUGGGCAUGCUGGCCGUGGCCAUGUGCUCCGACCACUGGUACGAGACCGACGCCAGGAGGUACCGGGAGCGGUGCCGAAGCUUUUCCAGCCGCCGCAAGGAUCCUGGCUUCAUCUACAUCCCCAACAACAGCCUGCCGCUGCGGGCCGGCCGGAGCAGCCCGCCCCGCUGGGAGGAGAAGCUGCUGCUGGCCCGCAGCCGGCGGCAGCUGUUCGCCAUGAGCGCCGCGGAUGAGUGCAGCAGGCAGUAUAACUCCACCAACAUGGGGCUGUGGAGGAGGUGCCAUCGGCUGGGCUUCGACCAAGACAUCGAAGACCUAAUGCGGAAAGGUUCCAUUGCGAGGUGCUCCUACAUCAAAUAUCACUACUCCUCGGCUACGAUACCCAAAAACCUCUCCUACAACAUCACCAGGACGAUAAGGCAGGACGAGUGGCACUCCCUCCACUUGCGGCGGAUGACGGCAGGCUUCAUGGGCAUGGCGGUGGCCAUCAUCCUGUUCGGCUGGGUCAUUGGUGUGCUCGGCUGCUGCUGGGACAGAGGCCUCAUGCAGUAUGUGGCCGGCCUCCUCUUCCUCAUGGAGGAACCUUCUGCAUCAUCUCUCUCUGCACUUGCGUUGCCGGUAUCAACUUCGAGCUGUCCCGCUACCCGCGGUACCUGUACGGCCUGCCGGACGACAUCGGCCAUGGCUACGGCUGGUCCAUGUUCUGCGCCUGGGGAGGCCUUGGCCUCACCCUUAUCGCUGGCUUCUUCUGCACCCUGGCCCCGUCCGUCCAGCCCAUACCCCGCUCCACCUGUCCCAAGUCCCGACAGGAGAACGGCACCGUCUGCUAAAGCUAACCGGCCGCCGGACCGCCGAAGCCACAGAAAAAAACUCUUUCCACGUCUCCAUCCGUCUACUCAUCUCCAGUCUCUCCUGGUUACAGAUUUCUUUUUGGAUUUGUGUGUGUGUGGGUGUCUUGAUGAUAUUCUAUCUUGAAAAUAACCGAAAAUAACUUUACAAACUAAAGAAAUAUAUUGAAAAUAUGAAGUUGUGCUUGUUUUGUUGUUGUGGAGCAGACAGUGAAAUGAACCAUGACCCAGAAAGGUUUGGAAGGAAGUACAUGGAGACACUGAAAGACUAAACGUUGGAUUGGUUAUAACCUCUAACGGGGAGACACAAUGGUACUCCAGCGGGGAAGUGCUUCUAUGAACUGGUCUGGAGGGUUCAGCAGUGUCAGAGGGACGGACACAGGCAGUAGUGGACUUAUCCUCUCGGAGCUUCCUGUGGGAUCAUCCAGCAGGGAACGGGGACAGACAUGAACCGUAUGACUUGCUGGCCUUGGACCAUGUUGAGUGGCCCGUCUGGGAACUCUUAGAGUUCCAGCUGAUGAGCUCUACCCCCUCCCCCCCUCCCCCAGGCAUCAAGGAGGUCCAGGGCCGCCACUCUUGUACAUUAUUGUACAGAAUAUUCCAGGAAGUGUGUCAUGUUAGACCAUUUUCAUUCUGGUGUACUGUAGGUGCAUUUCAUUCCAUGUGAUAAUCCCAUCUCUCUUUUAGCAUUUUAUACAUGCAUUCCUCUUUUAUUCCUUUUUACUGAGCCCUGUACGUUGUGGACCAACUGUCGACUGAGUGUACGUUAAGAGCAAAUGGGGGAGGGUGGGGGCGGGGGUUGUUUUGCAGUCUCUAUAGAAAAAGUUGUAAACUAUGGUCAUGAUGACCCUGCCUUGGGGACAGACCGACACAACGGAGCGAUGCAGCAUCAUGUUUACCCAGGGAUGGCAAAAGUACUCACUUCCUGUACUCAAGUAGAAGUACAGAUACUUGUGUUAAAAAAUACUCUGGUAAAAGUAGAAGUACUGAUUUAACUUCUUUACUCAAGUAAAAGUAACAAAGAAGAGGCUUGGAAAUUUACUUAAAGUAUAAAAGUAAAAGUAGCCUUGUGAAUGACAAAGCUACCUGGACCAGACACUUGUUACUAGAGAGUACGCUAAGAAACUGGACAUGGAGAAAAAAGGCUCUUUGGCUACAUUGUAAAUGAAUGUCUGCCAAUAGGCCUAAAACAUCACAUAAUGUAUGAUUAUGAUUAUUGUGACAGAGACUGGGACUCCAGGUUAAUAAGAUUCUGACUGAGUAGCCAGAUAUGAAUUCAGUUGUGAUUCUGAGAGAAUUCACAGAUCCAGUUCCUCUUUUUUAAUCUUCCCCUUAACAUUUAAAUAAAUCUAAAUGUAUGUAUGUGUGUGCUCAAAUAUGGCUUCUGGAAAGAAAAUAAAGGAUAAAAUGAGAAUUACUAAACAGACAUUAAUGAAGAAGUUCCCCAGCACAUUGGCCAGGAGUCCUUCUUGAUGCCUACUGUCUCAUCUCUCUCAGAUAAGGCCAAGGAUGAUCGAUAAUGUCUUGCGGCUUGUCUGCUGAAUCUCUGUGAUCUCUGUUUUCUUCACUUUCAAUCAUGUCACCGUCCUUACUACUAUGUGCUAACGUUAGCAGCAUCAAGCUGCACUGAUUUGCUGCUAAUGAAUGCCGCCAAAUCUGUUGAGUCGUCUUGUAGUGGUGCGUCAAGUGCAACAUACAGUAGCCUACUGUAUAUUCCCAUCCAAUUAGAUUGAAUAUGGUAAUGAUGACGCAAAUAAUAAUAACGGUAACUCCAGUGAAACUAUUGUAAAUUUGUUAGUGAGGACUAGAUUAGGACUGGAUUUAAAACUGAUUCUGGUUUCCGCCUUCGCCCCAGGUGUGUCUGUUAACACACGGACGGAGACAACUUCUCUCUGUUGAUGCAACGUGCAACCUAGCUAACAGAGGAACGCAAACAACUAAAUCACCAGAUAAAAAAUGUGGCAGAACUACAGACCAAUACAAGAACAGGCUUAAAUGAACAACACAAGUUAUACGACUUACAGUUCUCAACGACUCACACACACAAUCUCACUGAUUAAAUCUCAACUGAUAGCUAAUCUCUUUUUCUUUUCUCUCACUUUUUUCUCCGUGUGGCGCACGCCCCUGCUCGCUAUUCUCCGACAUGACGACCUCUUGUACAAAACUAAAGUAACGAGCCAAUUUUUUCAAAUGUAAUGAGUGGAAAGUACCGAUAUUUGUGUUAAAAUGUAAGGAGUAAAAGAAAAAGUAGCCACAAGAAUAAAUAGUAAAGUAAAAAUAUCUGAAGUACAUUAACAAAGUAUUUGUACUUGGUUACUUCCCAUCUCUGUGUUCAACCCAGCUGACCUGUGCCUGUCAUGGAUCUCUGGAGACUCCCAGCAGACCCAAACUCUACUCCGCUGCCCGGGGCUACUGAGCGACUAUGGAAGGCUUCAGUGAUCACAUCGGAUGAGAACACGCUCCGACUUUUCUUCUUCAUCCCCCUUUUUUUUUGUAGCAUUUACCAACAGCCGAGACCCCGGCAGGGCCGACAAACAGCACAGUAACAGAGGAGAGGGUUACGAAGGGCUCACCUUACUUCCAUUUCAGUCUAGACAAGUGCAAGUCCAGACAAGAGUCCUCAAGGCCUCCGCUGCCAGUCACCAGUCACAACUCCAACUUCACCCUAGCAUGGGCCUGACCCUCAUGUUGUCCUCAGUUUUUUUUAUCACAAAAAAUGGGCCUUCAAAAUAAGCGCUGAAAAUGUCAACAUUAAAAUUAUCAAAUAACUUUGGAAAAAACAUCAAAAAAAGCACCCACAACAUUGAAAAAUUGAAAAAUAUUGGAACAAAGUGAUAAUAACGUUGAAAAAAAAUUUGUUCAAGACAACACAAGGCUUAAAUGUCUGGAUGCACAUUAGGAUCGAUGAUGAGCUUAUGUUUUAUUUGUUCAGCAACUACUGUCAGACACAGCUUUUAUUCUGAAUUGAGUUCAAUUUAAAUCAGUCCCCGUCAAAUUCCAGUCCAGUGGACGGUGCCAAUAUCCUUUAUCAGAACUACUGGUCACCCCCCCCAUCAAGCUUUUUAUGUAAUUAAGACCAUGAAAAUGUGCAACACUACCCCAUAUUUGAAUGAUUGUGCCGUUUCACCAAGCCUGCUAGCGUGGCCAUUUAGCACGAGCUAUAA